UACGUUACAAUGAGCAAAAAUUUUUUUAUUAGAAUUUAGAAAUGUGAAACUUGAAAUUUAACACAAGUUUCUUAUAGCAAAGUCCUGUUAAAAUUUGUUUGCAAGAAUUGGAACAGAAGACGAGAAAUUUAAGAUAAAAAAAAUUAAGACUAUUGACAGCGGAAGGGCAGCUGUUUCUCCGUAGCGAAUUGGUUUACCAUUUAGGAAUGCAUCUAGGUACAUUUCUAAUCCCCUUGUGGUUCUUGCUGUUUGACAGCACAGUGGAAGGCGCGGGUAUAUUAUUGAACGAGAAAUACAUUAGUGGGGAUAACAAAAAUGAAACUGCAGCCAUACAGUUUCUCCAGCAACAUGAUAUACGAUUAAGGAAGAUGCUAAACAAACAGACCCAUGCAAGCUGGAAUUAUGCGAGCAACCUUACUGAAGCAAAUAAAAAAACUAUGCUAAAAGUAGAGCUGGAAGCAGCAGAAUUCACCAAAGAGUCGUGGAAAAAUGCGACUUCAUUUGCAUGGAAAGAUUUUAGAAAUAAAAAUGAAACAGUAUACAGAUGGUUUAAGAAACUUUCAGUCCUUGGUUAUAGUGCUUUGCCUCCAGAAGACUUCAAAGAACUGAGUGAGAUUGUUGCUGAUAUGCAGGAUAUCUACAGCAGAGCGAAAAUUUGCAACUAUAAAUCACCAGCUAAAAAGGAUUGCAAUUUGUCUUUGGAACCAGAAUUGACAGAAAUUUUAGCAACCUCUACAGAUUACGAUGAACUGAAGCACGUUUGGUCGGGAUGGAGAAAUGCAACAGGAAGGAAAAUGAAGGACAAAUACGUUAAAUAUGUGAAAUUAUCCAAUAAAGCUUCUCGCCUUAAUGGUUUUUCUGAUACUGGCAUGUUAUGGAGAGAAGUUUACGAAAGCGAUACCUUUGAAGAAGAUAUAGAGGCAUUAUUCCAAAAGAUCAAACCUUUCUACAAGCAUAUGCAUGCUUAUGUUCGACGAAAGCUUAUCGAACGUUAUCCAAAACACGCCAUCAAGCCAGAUGGGCCGAUUCCAGCGCAUUUACUUGGCAACAUGUGGGCACAAACAUGGGGAAAUAUUCUUCCAGAAGUGAUGCCAUAUCCAAAAAAGAAAGAACUUGAUAUUACAAGUAUUAUGAAAGAGAAGAAAAUGAAGAUAAUAGAUAUGUUUACUAUGUCUGACGAAUUUUUCACAUCCGUGGGCUUAAAGAAAAUGACACCAGAAUUCUGGAAUAAUUCAAUUAUAGAGAAACCAAAGGAUCGUGAAAUGGUGUGUCAUGCUUCUGCGUGGGACUUUUACGAUGGUAAAGAUGUCAGAAUUAAAAUGUGCACUCAACUCAAUAUGAACGAUUUCAAAACUGUACAUCAUGAAAUGGGUCACAUCGAAUAUUUCUUGCAAUAUGCACACCAACCAACUGUUUUCCGAAGAGGAGCAAAUCCAGGAUUUCAUGAAGCUAUUGGAGAUGUUAUGGCCCUGUCUGUAUCAACUCCUCAGCACUGGGUAAAAGUAGGUCUUGUAGACGAUGUAGAAGAAGAUAAAGAAGCCGAUAUCAACUAUUUAAUGGAUGUGGCUCUUAAUAAAGUAGUGUUCUUACCAUUUGCUUACGUUAUGGAUAACUGGAGAUGGAAACUCUUCAGCGGCGAAAUAAAGGAGGAUGAAAUGAAUUCAGAAUGGUGGAAUAUGAGACUGAAAUACCAAGGUCUUUGCCCACCAGUUAAAAGAACAAAUGAAGAUCUUGAUGCUGCUUGCAAAUACCAUACAAUUUCUGAUGUUAAGUACAUCAGGUAUUUUGUUGCACAUAUAAUACAGUUCCAGUUUCAUAAAGAUCUAUGUGAUGCAGCGGGCCAUGAAGGACCAUUACAUAAAUGUGAUAUCUAUAAAAGUGAAAAUGCAGGAAAGCUGCUGAGGGAUAUGAUGCGCUUAGGAAGUUCAGUGCAUUGGGAGAAAGCAAUGCAAAUUAUAACUAAUGGUAAAACCUACAAAAUGGAUGCUAGACCAUUGCUAGAAUAUUUUGACCCUCUCAUCAAAUGGCUUCAUGAACAAAAUAAAAACGAAACAGUAGGAUGGAAAAGUUCUUCACAUAUGGAAUGCCCUCAAUGAUGAAAACAGACCACUUAUAUAGAAAUGUAAUUACUGUAACUUAUUAAAUGUAAUUAUUGUUUCUUACUGUUCUUAAUAAAUGUUUCGUGAGAAAAUACGUU